AUGCACAAGGGAAAGCACGUCUAUCGUUUCCAACAUCCAACUUUUAGCGUCUCGAAGGUUCUCUUGCCAAACAAGGAGCUCACGAGUUUUGACGAGAGGAGUGGAAUAAUCUUCCUUCCCACAGCCGACGACCUCCACAUGGAUGGAGGAGACACAACAAUUGAAGAACCGGAAACAAGAGAGGAAGGAGAACCGGAAGCAAGAGCGAAAAAACAAGCGGGAAGAUUGAUUAGUUUUAGGUUGCAUUUGCAUACAUGUGCAUGUUUGGUCCUUGAAAUAGGUCUUUUUGGAGCACUUUGGAGCAUUUGGGACGUGAGGAGCAAGGAAGGACUUGGUGCAUGGACGCAGCUCAACCACACACGCAAGGAUGAAGGAGGAAGUCAUCUUGAAGUCAGCUCGACCAUCUACUCGACCAACGGUCGAGUUCCUCAACUCGACCAGCCAAGUUCAACUCGAUCGAGCUGA